AUGGGAGUGGGCGUGGGCGUGGGGGUGUCGCACAAUGGGAUGCAACAGCACCUGGGGGGAGGUGGGGGCCACGGGGGCCACGUCAACGGUAUGCUGCACGGCCAUGGCCACAGCAGCAGCAACAGCCUGCUGAUGGAUCACGGCGACCUUGGCCACUCCGAAGAGGGGGCAGGCGGUGGACACAGCAUCGAGGGGGACAACAAGUCGCCUCUGGACUCCAACGGCCUGAUGUCCGGCGGAGGCACCUCCAGCGGCGGUGGCGGUGGCACCAACGACAACGUCGACGAAGGGGAGGAAGACGUUAUCGAUUGA